AUGAUUGGGGGUGGGUCAUUGUGUGUUCCAGAAAAGCAAGUUCGAGCCUUAAAAGAUGUACAUUGCUAUGACUGGAAAACACUUGUAGAGAAGGGGCAGCUUGACACUAUGAAAGUCCCCGAUCGCGAGUUGGACAAAUACAUUGAGCAUAAUAAACUUAGCAAGAACGGACAGAAAAUCGACAAAAUCAAGCGAAUCACAGUACACUAUUACGAAACUUCAAAGGAAUCUACAUUUCCUUCAAGCGUCAGUGUUGGUGAGGACAGUGAUGAGAGUGACAGUGACAAUGACCUUGUUUUGUGUGAUGAAAGUAAAAGCGAUGAUGACAGUCAUACUGUAACAAUACAAGAAGGCACAUCAACAAGAAGUGGCCGCAGAGUAGGACACUAGUCCACAAGAUAUGCUGAUUUUGUUCAGUGAACAGGAACUCCUUAUAGAGGUAUAGAUUGAAGGGGGUUGGGGGUGUGUCACCUCUUAUAUAAAGUUAUAUGGGGGUGGGUCAAGAAUUAACUAAUGGGCUUAAAGGGGUGGGUCACGUUUUUUCUUUCAUGCUAAAACAAAAAAAAAUCCCACCACCCCCAUAAAUAAUGACCGGUCCCUUAAUGAUAAGAAAUGUUUUCCGGUGAAAAAAUAAUUCUUUCCAUAUUUCAGCUGUACAUGUACACAUGGUUGUAACGGACAGGUGACUUAAAUUUAUUUUUUCUAAGCUGUAAUUCAACCAUUUAUGACGUAUCACCAGUGAUGAGAUGGAUUUCAAUGUCCCCAUAAUUAUUUUUUUUUUGCCAUGUCCCUCUUUUCAAUUUCAAAUGAAAUACUGUAAAAAUUCCGAAAAUAAGCCCCUCCAUGUAUAAGCCCCUCAAAUAUAAGCCCCUAAACCGGUAACACAAAAAACCCUCCAUUAAAUUGCCCCUCCGCAUAUAUAAAAAGCCCCCGGGGCUUGUACUUGGAAAAUUGCCCUCAAAUACAAAGUAAAACAAAGCAAAAACAGUAAAUUUACUUCCAACUGUAAGGCUAGCCCAAUCGAUUUUGAGACGCAAAUUUCCCUCUGUAGAUAAGCCCCUCCAAAAAUAAGCCGCCACAAAGGGCCUUUGAAAAAUAUAAGCCCCGGGGCUUAUUUUCGGAAUUUUACGGUAUUAACAAUUUUAUCUCAACUGUUGUGGGGCCGGACUAUCCGCAAGUCAGCAAGCCAUGCAAUCUGUCCAAGUCAUUGGGAAAAAAUAAAGUUUUAUAAAAUUAUCAAUACAUGAAAAAUGUUUCCUGCAUAGUUCCCUAUGGGCUUGUGAGGUUUUUCUGCUGGAAUAUUUACAGAAUUAAGCAGUCUUGGUUGACUUUCACUAAUUAAGCCUUUAAGUGCACAAAAUCAGGAGAUUUAAUGUUUGAGGGAAGGGGACUGGUGUACACAGACUAGCUUUCAGUUAAUUUUUCUUAUUAUUGCUUUUUCGAUUUUUUGGUAAUUAAAACUUCUUCCAAGGUUAAAUAAAUAAGGUUGUGGCUCACCAAUAUAAGUGUCAGGUGUCAAAAAAAAAAGUGAUAGCCAAGCUCUCGCAUGCGCAAAGCAUCAGAGCACCUCGGGUAAGAAAAUUGGCUACUCGUGAUGAAACAAGAGAGAAUGCGCUCUUGCAUGAGCUCAUCCAUCUAAGGUGCUCAUGUGUACAUCUCAUUGAGUUGAGCAAAGGGGGGGGAGGGGGGAGGGGGGUUGGGGGAUACUGCCUUAUAUGGGCCAUAUAGGUAUGUGCUGCUGUGAAGGGUAUGGUUUUCAAGCAGGGUAUAUAAAUCAGAGAGUCUGGGUCUAGAGGAGGUAUCAUUCUCCAUUUAAACUGAUCAAUUGGCUGAAGAUUUUAGUCCAGACUAGGAAACCGGGAAUUGCCACUCAAGAAUAUAAAAAAAUCAAAUCGGUUUUGUUUUGGCUGGACUGUGCUGGUGACCUCAGUUGUUUCUGGAAAACAGCUACUCUAGGAUGGGGGGGGGAUUUGGGGAGUUUAGUCGAGCAUAGGGUAGCAAAAUUCACUUAAACUAGCUCUGGUACAGGCUAGCGGUUCCAGGGUCCCAGCGGCACAUCCCCACCCAAAAAGUCCUAAAGUACCCUCCCAGGGGUUGAGCAAGGGUGACACAGUUGGUUCCUGCACAUUCCUCGGUACAUGAAGUCCCGAGUUUUCGAUCCCCAGUGACACCACAUCCUGGUUUCAACUUCUCUCCUUUCUGUGUAGCUCAAUUCACUAGCUUUAAAUACCCUUAAAACGGAACGCUGAUGGAGAGAGGGCCCCCGUAAAUGAGCACAUCAUCAAGCUCAAGUUAAUAUCAGUUAUCGUCAUACUGUCAUGAGUUAUCGAUGUAAAAUAUGGUUGCUUUACCUUUGUACCUUUCAGGUGACAUGUUUUUUAAAGUUCUCUGCUGACCAGUUAUGGUAAUAAAGUGAUCGAAGACUCUCAAAACUUUACUUCAGAAAGACAUUUCUUAAAAGUUCAUGCGAGAGUAUCGCUUUGGGUCAGUCUAUAUAUUACUUACCUAAAUUUAGCUCUCCUCCGUAACUUUCCUUUGUGUCCACAUCAAGGUUAGCCCAUAACUUCUCUACCUGCUUUAUAGCCACUUCACGAUUUACCAGGUUGGUUCUAAACAUACCAGGGUCCAAAAUGUGAACAGAAACACCAAACUGCUUUACCUCUCGACGCAGAGAAUCACAAAAUGCUUGAACACCAUGCUUUGAUAUGCAAUAUGCUGUUAGAGAGGGGAGCAAAAUUGUUCCCAAUGUACUAGCUACAUUAACAAUGCGUCCCUUGGUUUUCUUAAGCUGUGGCAAGAAUGCCUUGGACACUGAUACCAUCCCCCAGAGAUUGACAUCAAGAACGUGCUUCAUUUCUUCUACAGUCUGCCAUUCAAUAAGACCCCGGGCUAUAAUCCCAGCAUUAUUCACUACAGCCCACAAACCUAAAAGUACAUCAAGACAUGUUGUUUCAACUGCAAAAAACACUCAUCGCAUGUUUACUGCUUUCCUGGGCUGUUCCAGGCUCCGACAUAGACUGGUCUGCGAAAUUGAGAAAGUUCAAACACAAAAGAAAAACUCGGGAGAGGAAACUGGAAGGAAACUUUUUACUGUUACCCCCACCUUUUCCCAGAUCACGCACCUAUAUUUUUGCGUGCACUUCACUUACAGGUCAUCGCUACUAUCUGAGAGCCUGGAACAGGCUACGGCUUUCCAUGCGAAUUUUAUUACAUCUUUACUAUUAUAAAAGUGCUUUCUUGGACGGCAUAAAAUUACAUGCACUUGUUUGCGAGCUGCAGGUUCCUGAGUGGAAGGGCUUGGGACCAACCAAACCUCAGUGGGGGGCUAUUUGGCCCUAUAUUGGUCCACACAGGGAGGUUCCUCCCAAAAGGGUACCUUUUUCAGGCCUCUCCAGGGGUUGACCCAUAUUUUAUGGUAGUCUUCAGGGGUGAAUACAAAUUUAAUGGAAUUCUCCAAGGGUACGAGAAAAGGUGA